CCACUCCAGCGUCAGCAGUUAGUGCAGCAAUUGACGGAAUUGGCUGGGGAUCGACUAACGGCGAUUGGCACUAACAACUCAUCAACGACUUUCUGGCAGCAGUUGUUGUUGGACACUCAAGAAUGCAAACCGGCUGCUCAACCAUUAGCAUCGCUUGCGAAGGAGCAACAGCAGCAGCAGCAGCUUCAGCAGCGCAUAAUUGACGAGAAGUGGCUGUUGAGCCAGUUAAUUAAAUUCUCCGCACAAUCGGACUAUGGCGCUCAGCAACUAUCGCGCAUUCUACUGGAGAUACAAUCCGAGCAAAAACUCUAUAAAAUAUUCAACAGCAGCGAGUUCGCGGUGGCGCGAGUGUUGCGGCAUGCAAUUGCUAGCUCAAUGCAAGCGAUGCUGGCCGCCUUCCGCAACAAUUGCAUACAACAUAAUCCACAUAUACACUACAUGCAACCGAAUCCAUUAGUGCGCGUUACGCUGGCCGUCUUGAUGACACGUAUUAGCGAGGAAAUUGCCGCACCAGGCAACCGAAGCUGCGACUUACACAUACCAAUUACGGCAACACUGGGCGGAGGUGUUACCACGGAGGCGGUGCCGACAAGCAGCGAAACCCAGGCGCAUGUGGCAAGUGGCGAUGGUUUUUACCUGUGCGCCAGUGUGGUCACACUGUUGGAGCAUGUAAAGAAAGUGGAGGACACGGCGCUGCUCUACAUCGAGUCCAGAUUCAUUGAUAAGUUUGUGCGUGAGCAACUCUUGCGACACGAACAUGUGGCAACACUGUUAGGCUUCUUGAAUUGGUGUUGCCUCCAAGCGCAGCAACUGCUGCAGCGGCAGGAGGAACAAAAAUGUCAACAACAACAAUUUACGCUUGAACUGUUGCAAUGUAUUGCGGCGUUGUUGCAACAGCGCUUCAUCUGGACGGAGCUUAAUCAAAUGGAAAAGCCAAGUACCGCACCGACAACAACAGCAACGGCGGAUGGCAGUGCCGCUACGGCAGCGUCGAAUUCCAACACUGUUGGCAGCCUAUUGUCGCCUCCACAACGCAAUUUGUUGUUGUGCCGUGUGCUGGACGUCUUGGUGUUGGCCGCCAGGCAGUCGCUGCAACACACCAUCUUCUACAAGCAUUACAAGCAACAAGCGCUGUUGGUCGACGGCAGCGGAAGUGCCGAUGGCGUCGCAAGCAUGGACAGUGAACAGCAGAAUAUCUUCAAUGCUUUGUCUGCGGCAGCGGCUGUCACGGCGCUGGAGGGCGCUUUGCAAACAAAAGACAGCGAAGCGGAAGUCAAUGAUGUUGCCGUCGGACGUCUGUUGCAAGCGUAUGCACCACAGGCUGUUUUUAUGGCGAAACUGAUAGAGAUGCGCGCGGCGGAGACGACGAGUGGCGCGGCACAUCUCUCAGCCGCCUAUCUGACGGGUGGCGCAGGUAACGGUGUCUGCUCGUUGGGCAGCGCUGGUGGUGCGUUGAGUGGUGGUGGCAGCAGCGGCCUGGGUAUGUCCUCAGGUGCGACGGGUGCCGUUGGUGUUGGUGCAACGGGCGGUGUACGUGCGGAGUUCGACAAUGGCUGCAAUGCGGGUGGCACCCACACACCAAUGCACCUUUUGUCUAUGAUUGGUGUUGCGGUGUUGCGCACGCAUCAGUUUUAUGCUUAUGCCGUGACACCGUUCGAAAUAAUACAGCAACAACAACGCGAAUUGCGUAUCGAACAAUUGUCACCUGCCAAGCGCGCUGGCCAACCGUCACAAACAACAACCUCGGCGGCCGCCACGGCAGCAGCUUCGAGUGGCAAGCUGCCAACGAUUCCCGUGGAGAGUCUCAGUGAUGUCGAUGUGCUAAGGAAAUUCGUGAAGAGAUUAUCAAUUUUUGGCUUUACCACACGUCAACAAUUCGAGGAGUACUUCAUGACAUUCCUGCUAUUAAUCAAUAAAGUUUACGACGAGAAUAUGGUUGACGAGCAGGAGCAAUUUCAAAUAAGAUCCACAUGCUUGGAAGCGAUUUUGGAACUUUUAAUUACAUAUAAAACUUUUCCAAUUGUGGGUAAUAAACUUUCGCAUUUUCAUCAUACGACACGGUGGACUCGCAUUAAUUGCGACAGCAUUAGCUUGAAAAAAUUACACAAAGUGCAGCUACUCGUCUCCGAGGCGAACAUCUUCUAUCAUCCGAACUUGGAGCGUCAACUGCGCGCUGACUACGAGGCGCACACCAACUGUAGCAGCUUCGCGUGCCGCCUGCGUGACAGCGUCAUUGGCACUCACCAAUUUCGAGUCAAUCAAUAUGAUUUGAAUUUUAUGUGGCAACAAAUGGAGGCGUACGCACAAUACACCGCCAACAGCAGCGCGCCGGAUGCGGAACUGCCGAGCGCCAGCGAAAUUGGCGCCAGCACAGCGCAGCGCGCAAAGCGCGGUACAGGCGGCGGCGGCGGUGCGAGGGAUAGCGAAGAUGUGGCAACGAAGAAUUAUCGCUACUUCACGGCGCAGUCAGGCGUGGAUUUCAAGAGCAGCACGCAGCUGAUUUUCGAUGUGCUAAUGCAGAUAAUUGAGCACAAUCACAUUUUGGUCUUGCCAAAUCUGGUGAAAUUCACUGAAAUUUGCGAGAGUCGUGAUCAAAUCAAAUGGAUUAAGGAUAAAGCUUUAAAAUUGCAGGAGAAUAUACCAAUGGACGACACCAUUUCACAUCAGCACUUAAUCUACUUACUGUGCAAAACGCAAGCCAUGCUGAUACCCACCAUCGGUGAAUUGCAACAAUUGUGCCAGCUCAUUGGCAAUUAUUUGAAGAGUUCGCACAUCUUCAUACGAAAUGCAACGCUGGCCGGUCUGCUCUGCCUGCUCGAGUGCUGUUCGAAGACCAACACCACCAUCGGCCGCUUGAGCGACGAGUUGACGUUGCUGCGCGACCUGAUUGUGGGCUACAUCAAUCGUCAUGGGAUUAUCGAUGUUAGCGCAAUGCAAUGCAGCGACACACAUACAAAACUGGUUUGGACUCUCAAUUAUUGUCUCAUCGAAUGGACAUCGAAAUUCGUGCCACAAUGUCACCUGCUGUCGAAUACAGUAAUUGCAGCUGGUAAUUUCCUGAGGAAGACCAAUAAUGAGGAUGUCUACUUGUGUGUUUUGCAUGGUCUCGAACGCAUGGUGGUCAUUAGUAAUACCGGUAAUAGUGGCAUGAGCACAUCAUCAGGCGCGUCGGCUGCCGCUAGUGCCGUUAACACACCAGCUGUCGGCAUAGUGACGCCGAUGUUGCGCAACAAAAUCGAAAAAUUAGCAUUGGAAUUGGUUAAGCUGGAGAAUGAGCGAUUCUCAAUACCGGCACUGCAGCUGCUGCUCACCUGCAUGUAUGUGGGUUCAGCCAAGCAACUGGAAAAUACGGAACUCUCCAACGGCAUUGUCCAAGACGAACCGGAGAUAAUCGCCCAACAGACCGAUAAAGUCGAUAUACUGCUACAUUGUAUUAAAUCAUCAACGCGUGAUGCCGCCUGGAUUUAUGGACAAGUGUUGUGCCAAAUUAUACGUGAUUUAGUGCCACCGAAUGAAAUAUUGACGAAGGUCAUAAAAGAGUUUCUCGCCAUAAAUCAACCGCAUUGUGAUGUUAUUGCAAUGAUUGUGUAUCAGGUUUUCCGUUGCGCCAUCGAUUCGACAUUCCUGCAAGUGCUGCAAGACUGGCUCAUAUGCUCGCUGCCCACAUUCCUGGCCUUACCUGAACAAAAAGCUGUCUGGUGUCUGAGCGUCAUCUUUUUAUCCGCUUCCAUAAAUCUGCAUUUGAUUAAACUAUUUCCGGUGUUGCUGAGCACCGGUGCGGCAGCAGCUGCCACAGCAGCACCAACAACUGGCGGCGGCGGCGGCGACGGCGGUGCAGGAGUUGCAGGCGCUGGUGGAGGCACGAUUGGAGGCGUUAGUAAUCUUGAUGCUUCAACGGCAGCUGCGCUUACGCUCGGUGCUGGCGAUGGUGCGGCUGUUGGUGGUGCGGGUGCUGGCGCUGUUGGUGAAUUCCAUAAAUUGGGUCAACAUGAAAUUGCUUUGUUCGUGACAGCUGCCGUAGAUUUUCAUGCGAAUUUGAGUGCGGAGCAGCGGCUGCGUUUCCGUGAUGCCUUUGAGAAAUGCGCACAGCGGCAAACGGUUUAUGCUCAGCUGUUGCAGAGUCUCUGAUUUAGUCACGCAUAGGGUCAGCAGCGGCAAUGAAAUCAACCAAUACACCAUUGCUAUUGUUGUUAUUGUUAUUGCUGUUGUCAUUAUCGUCAUCAUUGUAGCCGUAAUAUGCGUAUUAGUUGGGCGCUGUUGCCGGUGUGGCAAGCAGCUUAAAUGCGCUGCGACACGGGAGUCGUUGCAAAUUUGUGUGUGUGUUUAUGUAUUAUGCGUAUAAUUGUGUGUGUGCGUGUGGUCUGUAAAUGAAGUCCAUCUCUCGUCGUCAUGUUGCUGGCAGCCUUCGCAGCAGGUUUAAUUUAAUGGUCAAUGUAACGGUGAACCACCUACAUAUACUCUCAUAGCAAAGCACAGCGUUGUCAUUAAGCGUAAAGUGUACACAGGUAAUAUAAUUUGUUGUUGCUUUUGUUUCAAGUCGUUGCUCGUUAAUACUGUGUGGCGCAGAGUUGGUUUAUGAAAUGAGUUUUGAGGUUAGAAAACUGCAUUGUAUUGCAAAAUUAUGAAAUGUAUCAAAAUAAUGUAAGAAAGAGUAUUUUUCGCUUGUGAUUUUCUGAUGGAUAAAAGAAAAAUGUUAUUAAAAAAAAUAAAAUAUUAUUACAAAAAAAAUUAUUAAAAAAAAAAAAUAUUA